CUUGCGCUUUUUUCUUCUGGCGGUGCUAACACCACCUUCCUGUCUUUUGCAGGAGUCAUGCCGGCCAAGGGCCCCCUGCAGAGCGUACAGGUCUUCGGGCGGAAGAAAACUGCAACUGCUGUUGCCCACUGCAAGAGAGGAAAUGGCCUCAUUAAAGUGAAUGGAAGACCUCUGGAAAUGAUCGAGCCCAGAACCCUGCAAUACAAACUGCUUGAACCUGUCCUCCUCCUGGGGAAGGAGCGGUUCGCUGGGGUCGACAUCAGAGUCCGAGUAAAGGGUGGUGGCCAUGUAGCACAAAUCUAUGCUAUCCGUCAAGCGAUUUCCAAAGCCUUGGUGGCUUACUACCAGAAAUAUGUUGAUGAAGCUUCCAAAAAGGAGAUCAAGGAUAUUUUAAUUCAGUAUGAUAGGACUCUGCUGGUCGCUGAUCCUCGCCGCUGCGAGUCCAAGAAGUUCGGAGGGCCUGGGGCUCGUGCGCGCUACCAGAAGUCUUACCGUUAAAAGCUGUUCCACGCUCGUGUGAAAUCAAUAAACACAAAGAGAAUGGGGUAAAAUUCGUGUUUCUGAAUGGCAU